AUGGAUAAAAAGGACGAGGAAAGGAAACGAGAGACGGAGAAGAAAGACGAAUUGUCAGGUUUAACAACAUCGGGAACAUCGGCCGCUGAAAGAACGAUCGAGGAUCGACUUUGGCGACACAUCGAGGACGAAGCGACUACCAACAUCAUCGAUGGAAACGAUUCCGACGUAUCGGACCGAGAACCUUCAUCGACAGUCACUAUAAAAACGCCCGAUAUCAACGAGGAAGUGGACAGAGAAAGAGAACAGGAAUCGUCGUCGACCAUCGAAAGUGAGACGACAACGACGACGACGAUGACGACGACGAUCCCGAAGGCAGGGGGAUUGCAAACAGUUUGGAGGGGUUUCGUCAACAUGGUGGACGUUGCCAAGUUCUUCAUCACCGCGCAAGAGGUAAGCGGUCACGCGAAAGAUUUAAUGGACGAUCUACCAGACACGGUGGACGUUGUUGGCAGAAUAAGUCACGAGACGGUUUGGGAUUACAUCUCGAAGAUGAAGAAAACCGGUUCGAAGGAGAUUCUGGUGAUUCGACUUACCGCGGCGAACGACGAAGAAAAGAUCCCGUAUAUAACGUUGUACAGUUACUUGAACAGCAGAAGCCGACUCGGAGUCGUUGGAAAUGUUUCCAAAAAUAUAAAGGACUUUUAUAUAAUGCCGUUCUCCAGUCAAAGUACGAUACCUCAGGUUCUGUUGCCUUUGAACGGCCCUGGAUUCGAGGAGCACAGGCCGCAUCUUCUUCUAGGCAUCAUCGUUCGUAACAAGAGAAAACGUCUCCCCGGCAUAUCGUCAUCCUCCGCUGCAUUGCCGAUGAAAUUGUCGAGAAAGGACGCCGAUCGAACCACGGUUACAUCCACGGCAACGCCAUCGUCGGUAGCCCCUUCCUCGGCGGUAUCGUCGUCGCCUUGCUCCUCGUCGUCGGUAACCGCGGCAACGACCGCCUAUCACAAGAUACUGCCGGGGACGACGAUCAGCACGACCGAGUCUGCGAAAGAGAAGCAACAUUCCUCUCCCGUCACGCAGACCACUCUCGACAAUUUGAAUAAAGCGCAUAUAGGAAUGUCGAGGAGCACGCUGCUCGAUACCGCGGCCAUAUGUAAAAUAGUUCCCGAGUUGUCCUCCAAGAUCGAUCUCGCGAUCUCUUCUCCCGGCAAAGUCCCUCUCGAGGACGACGGUGACGAGCCGUACAGUCCCGGCCAAAUGGACGAGGAAGACACAAACCUCGACUUGCGAGCUUGUUCCACCUCGACGUCGGCAGCUGCAGUGACGACAACUCCGAUGUCCGCUUCAUUGGGUAUGCUCCACGACGCUACCGCACUCGACGAUAACGCUAUCAUUUCUUCCAGUAAAAAUUCUACCGAGCUCCAGCGCAAGAUGGAAGAAUUGAACAGACAAAUCGAAGAGCAGAAGCAACAAAUACAGAGUAUCAGCUCGUCGUUUCUCGUGGGUGAAUCGGCGCCUACCUUGCCGGGCUUAGGGCUGGAUCCGCCAGUCAGCGACGAAUGCGAAGAAGCUUACAGCCCUUCGGACACGAGGUCGUUCACACCGCCACCGCCUCCGGGUAUUUCGAAGCUCGCUCAACCGAUUCUCGAGAAGGUCUCGAACAUAACGAUACCGCCAAAUCUACAAGAGAUAUUGGCAAACGUGAAACGACAAGAAAGCUCAAAGGUAGACCCGUAUUUACCUUCUAAGCCAAGCGCCACGUUCCUAACUACUGCGAAUUGUUCGAUUUAUCAAAAUUCGGAAAAGUAUCCUUCCUCGGCUGUGAAACUUUCUUUGGUCAGCGGAUCGAAUAAAUCCUCCAAUUCGGAGAAAUCCACGUUGGAAUCCCCGUCGUCGUCGUCGUCCUCGUCGUCGUCCAGUCAUUGGGAAUCCGUUUCGAAAGAGAAAGAGAAUAAGAGUACUUUGAGCUCGUUGAGCGAUUUGGAUUUGAUUAGAAAAGCAGAAGAGGAAUUGGCCGCUGUCGCAGCCGCAGCUGCCACGGUACCAUCACCGGUACCAGUACCGCUACCAGGAAACGCCAUCAGAGUCACCGAAAAUUCCACUUCCUCGAGUUUGUCGACUGCAGCGACGGUUCUUUCAUCGUCGAUCGUAGGAACGACUGCCUCCUCCUCCUCCUCCUCCUCC